UUCUGCAUAUAUAUACAAGUUUUCAACCCACAUAGCCAUUUUGGUUAUAAAUCAAUGGACAAGCUCACCUCACAUGUGGCGUAUGAUAGCAUUUCAUAUUCAUUGGACUCGCUCUCUUUUAGUGGCCUUGUUGCUAUUCAAGACCACCAACCAAAGCUCCCUUCUCCUAACCGGGCUAAAGACUACCAGGUAAGCAAGCAUGACUCAGAAUUUGAAUUUACCAGCACUAAAGCAAACUUGAAUUCUGCUGUCAAUCCAAUCAAGAUCACUCCUGCUGACCAACUUAUUUCCAAUGGUCGACUUCAACCACAAGCACUUGCCAUCCAAACAAAUCAGUCUCUGAUCAGAAAUCUACCCAGUUCUUCAAACUCAUUACUAGCAACCCAUAGCAGCAGUAAGAUGUCAUGCAGUAAAACAGGCAGCAAUAUGAAAUAUCACGAACAACUUAACGAAGCAAGCAAACAUGCAAACAAGAAAAGCACGGUGACAAGGACAGGGUUUGGCCAGAAAAUGAAGUCUUUUCUAUCACCAUGCCGAGAAUGUCGAACCAUUAAGCAAGGUGCUGUUAAAGCACAAACUGUUCCAGGAGAAAAUCUCAAAAUUGACUGACAUAAGGUUUACUUUCUGUGAUUCUUUCAUGCAAGACCAGAAAAUGUAAAUCAGGAAUCUAGCACUAUACAGUUAAGUAGUGUCUCACAAGAAUACAAAUGACAUGCUUCAUUUCAAUGUCAGUUACUACAGCAGUAAUGCACCAAAUGAUCAACAUUACAAACCUGUACACUAGGGAUAAUUUCUAUCAUUUUUGUUUAAUUUGGUUGGUUAAAGCUAUAAAAGAUUCUAUGUGCUUGUUUGAUCAUUUGUUAUACGGCUUGCCAUUGAUCCUUUAUUUUGUCAGCUCAAGAUCUCAAUAUGUUCAAAUACAAAUUUAAGAUGCAUAUGUUACCUAGAGGUCUAAGUAUAUAACAUGUUGGGCAUUACUAAGAAAAGCUCCAGCACUAGUGCAUUUUGAGCCUCUAAAGAAAGAAAAGUUCUUCACCUUUUUUCUUUCCUGGUCUAGAUGAAGAUUUCUUGAAAAUAUGUUGAC